AUGGGUUCAAGUAGAUUCAGAAAAGCAAUUGGAAGAGUCAAGGAUCAAACCACCAUAGGCCUAGCCAGGGUUAGCAGCAGCACAUCGUUACCGGAUCUUGAUGUCGCGAUCGUGAAGGCUACCCGCCAUGACGACUACCCUGCCGAAGACCGCCAUAUCCAAGAAAUCUUGAACCUAACGAGCUGCUCGCAAGCCUACGUGGCUACAUGUGUCACCACCAUCUCAAGACGGCUCAACAAGACCCGGAAUUGGGUUGUGGCCUUAAAGGCACUCAUCUUGAUUCAGCGGCUUCUUGAAGACGGCGAUCCUGCAUACGAGCAGGAGAUUUUCUUUGCCACGAGACGUGGGACCCGGCUAUUGAACAUGUCGGAUUUUCGAGAUAUGUCCAGGUCUAACACAUGGGAUUUUUCGGCUUUUGUUCGGAUGUAUGCUUUCUAUCUUGAUGAGCAACUCGAGUAUCGGAUGCAGAGGAGGCGAGGAAAGCAUAGUUCCUAUUCUCAUGAGGAAGAUGAGGAAGAGCAACCGGAAGAGGGAGCUGCGGUUGUAGAAUCUCCAAUCCAUAAAGAUUACAACCAGCACCUGUUUUCUCGGCUUCAGCAUUUAAUGCGACUCCUCGAGCGCUUUCUUGCUUGCCGUCCAUCAGGUCCAGCAAAGAGUGCCAGGAUUGUGAUGGUGGCUUUGUACCCACUUGUAAAACAAAGCUUCCAUCUUUAUUAUGACAUAACAGAGAUCCUAAGGAUCUUGAUAGAUCAGUUUACAGAGCUCGAAAUUCCCGAGUCCAUCAAGGUUUACGAGAUUUUGCGCCGGGUAGGAAAGCAGUAUGAAGAGCUUGACUACUUUUAUGAUUGGUGCAAAUCCGUCGGCCUUGCAAGGACUUCCGAGUAUCCAGAUGUGGAAAAGAUUUCACAAAAGAAAUUAAAGAUCAUGGAUGAGUUUAUCAGAGAGAAAUCAGUAAUGGGGCAGUUUAGGAUUGAAGGACCAGAAGCAGAGGAAGAAGAAGAACCGGACAAGCCAAAGCCAGAGCCCGAGCCCGAGCCGGAACCAGACAUGAAUGCAAUUAAAGCAUUACCAGGACCAGAAGGAUCUGAAGAAAAGCAGAAAGAGGACAAGGAAGAACUGGAAAAGACUCAGGAUGUGGGUGCUCUGUUGAACUUGGGAGACGAUGCUCCAAAUGUGGAAGAUCACGCCGAUAAACUGGCAUUGGCGUUAUUUGAUGGUAGUCCAGCAACUACAGCUCCGGUGGAAACUGGAAUCCAAGUAUGGAAAGCCUAUAAAGGAUCAGAGGAUUGGGAAACGGCUCUAGUUGAAACCCCGAGUCAUUUGUCAAACCAGCAGCCAUCCCUUCCUGGUGGUUUCAAUACACUGCUUCUAGAUGGGAUGUACCAACAAGCGGCAAUGCAAACCGCCAUGGCUAAUACAGGCAUGAUGGCCACAGGAAGUGCCAGUAGUGUUGCAUUCGGGUCCGCUGGAAGGCCGGCACCAGCACCAACUUCAGCCAAUGGCAGAGGUGACCCCUUCUCAGCCUCACUUCCACUGGCACCGCCGCCAUAUGUGCAGAUGGCGGAGAUGGAGAAGAAGCAGAGACUAUUAGUGGAAGAACAGAUGAUGUGGCAGCAACAUCAGAGAGAUGCAUUGCGAGGACAAGUAGGUUUAGCUAAGAUACAAACAAACCAACAUCCAUAUCACGUUAGAGGUUACACAUUUCCUAAGUGA